AUGGCUCCAGUGUUUGCUUCUCUUGUUCUUGGCUUGGGCGCCGUCGCCGCGGCGUCGCCGUCUAGGCUUCCCGUGCGGCUAGAAACGCGGGGACCUAUCGAGUCACGCUUGGCAAACAUCCACCUCAGCUUCGAGAGUCCUAUCGAUGGCCCCAUUACAUUCACCUAUGGAUCCUGCUCUUCUCUAUACCAGCGUGAUGCCCACCACACCGUCGCCCGGGGUCACCACGCCUCCGCAGACAGGCUAGUCUGGAUCUUGCCCGAUGAUGCCGCAUCUGGUGGCUGCAUAUCGGCUUGGACCGAGUCCGGUGUGCUUAUUGGCCGGAGCGAAAGCCAGCAGGUCAAUGCAAAGGGCCUGCGCAGGCGGAGUACGAUCCCCAAGCGCGAUGUUGCCGGUAUCACCAUGACCCAGGGUAAUGGGAUCGACGCAUGGGGCCCGUGGUUUGAUGGUGUUGAGGCUCUCAAGGCUAGUAACAUUAGUGCCGUGGACGUCAAGGAUGCCAAGAGCAAACAUGUUGGCAUUGUUGGAGCGGGCAUGUCUGGCUUGAUGACCUAUCUUUGUCUGACCCAGGCUGGCUUUUCAAACGUGGAGAUCAUCGAAGCUGGCCAGAGAUUGGGUGGAAGAGUACACACAGAGUAUCUCAGUGGCGGCCCAUUCGACUACUCCUAUCAAGGCAAGUCCAAGAUGGGACCCAUGAGGUUUCCCAAGACUAUUACCUUGGGCAACGAGACAUACAAUGUCUCCGACCACCAGCUUGUAUUUCAGCUUGCUGCUGAGAUGAACAUGCUCAAUAACCACGACAAGAACCUUAGUGUCGACUUCAUCCCUUGGUAUCAGUCCAACCAGAACGGACUCUACUUCAAGAAUGGCAUCAAGCUUGCCAAUGGUCUCCCACCAACUGUGGCACAAACGGCGGCGAACUCGUCCUUAAAGGUGACCAAACCCAUGGAUGCCUCCACUAAGGACCUCCAGGACAAGGUCAAUGCUGCCCUCCCGGGUCAGAGCUUUUACGCGGACAUGGCCAAGAACAUGUUCAAGGCCCACCGGGAAUGGAUUGCGGAUGGCCUCAGUGGCUUGCCUGGAAACCAGUGGAGCGAAUUUGCCUACAUGGUCAACUACCUCAAGGCGAACCUCAACGACACUGAUGUUGUCAGUGGGGGUGGUUUUGUCACCGACUUUUGGGACACACUCUACGAGGGCAUGUACUUCAGUGCGACAACAUGGCUGACCAUUGACGGCGGUCUGAACCGCUUGCCUCUGUCCUUCCAUCCCAUGGUUGACAAUGCUACUACGAUGAACCGCAAGAUCGAGCGCGUCAAGUACAGCUCGUGCUCAAAGAAGGUCACUCUGCAGUGGCGUGACAACUACAACGACACGACUUUCCACAACUCGAGCUACGACUACGCAGUUGUCGCCGUGCCGUUCUCUGUCGUCAAGCGGUGGCGCUUCUCGGACCUGCCGACUACCAUUGGGAACGCUAUCGCCCACGUGCCCUACACCUCGGCAUGCAAGGUCGCCCUCGAGUUCAAGACCCGGUUCUGGGAGCGCUACGCGAACCCCAUCUACGGGUCCUGCUCCACGGCCACAGAUAUCCCCGGCAUCGGCAGCAUCUGCUACCCAUCGUACAACAUCAACGGCACGGGACCGGCCACAAUGCUCGGGUCGUACAUCUCUGGCGGCCAGUGGGGAGAGCACUGGGCAGCGCAGACCGAGGCGGAGCACGUGCAGUACGUCCUCGACGCCAUGAUUGAGAUCCACGGCGACGUGGCUCGCGAGCAGUACACGGGCAAGUUCAACCGGCGUUGCUGGGUGCUGGAUCCGCUGGAGCACGGGAGCUGGGCGUCGCCCAUUGUCGGGCAGCACGAGCUGUACCUACCCGAGUACUUCAAGACGCACAAUAACAUGAUUUUUGUGGGCGAGCACACCUCAUACACCCACGCCUGGAUUGCAUCGGCGCUCGAGUCGGGCAUUCGCGGGUCUGUGCAGCUGAUGCUGGAGCUCGGACUUGUGGACGAAGCCAAAGCGACUGUCGAAAAAUGGAUGGCUCGAUGGAUUGAUGUGUAA